CGCGCGCCCGUCUGGGUAAAUAAAGCCGAGACAACGCCGGUGGCCGCGGUGAGCGCGUCGGAGCCUGCGCCGAGAACAUGCGGCGGGGAUGGGAGUGUGCCUAGUCCCGAGACGGAACUGCCAGCCGCUGGCUGCGGGCUCCGCGGCCACAGAACCCGAGUCCUGCUGCGGAGCUCCUGGUGGCCGGACUCCGAGGCGCUGCGGCAAGGUCGCAUGUCCCUGUCAGCCCUCACUAUGAACACCAUCGUCUUCAACAAGCUCGGGGGAGCCGUGCUUUUUGAAGACCGAGGCACCCCAGAUCGGGAACGUGGAAGCCGGCCAUACGGUGGCGUCCUGGACAAUCCACACAUGGGCCCGGAGGUGGGCAUUUCGGAUGGCCCGCCCCUCAAGGACAACCUCAGCCUGAGACACCGGAGGACAGGGGCCCGGCAGAAUGGAGGGAAGGUGAGGCACAAGCGACAGGCCCUGCAAGACAUGGCGCGGCCGCUUAAGCAGUGGCUUUACAAGCACCGUGACAACCCAUACCCUACAAAGACUGAGAAGAUACUCUUGGCCCUAGGCUCGCAGAUGACGCUAGUGCAGGUGUCAAAUUGGUUUGCUAAUGCCAGACGUCGGCUGAAGAACACUGUCCGGCAGCCAGAUUUAAGUUGGGCCUUAAGAAUAAAGUUAUACAACAAGUAUGUUCAGGGCAACGCGGAGCGGCUCAGUGUGAGCAGCGACGACGACUCCUGCUCUGAAGAUGGAGAAAAUCCCCCAAGAAAUCACAUGAGCGAAGAGGGCUACAGCACCCCUGCCCACCACACUGUGAUCAAAGGGGAGAGCACAGUAAUAACAGCUGGCGGGAGACCAGAGUCGAGGGCAGCUGAGGACUAUGUGUCACCGCCCAAGUACAAGAGCAGCUUGUUGAACCGUUACCUUAACGACUCUUUGAGACAUGUCAUGGCCACCAGCACCGCCAUGAUGGGGAAAACGAGGCGAAGGAACCAUUCGGGGUCUUUUAGCUCCAACGAAUUUGAAGAAGAGCUGGUGUCUCCAUCAUCAUCAGAAACUGAAGGCACCUUUGUCUAUCGCACAGACACCCCAGACAUUGGAUCUACUAAGGGUGACAGUGCUGCUAACAGAAGGGGGACAAGCAAGGAUGACACAUACUGGAAGGAGAUCAAUGCAGCCAUGGCCUUAACAAAUCUCGCCCAGGGAAAAGAUGACGUGCAGGGGACGACCACCAGUUGCAUCAUCCAGAAGUCUUCCCACAUAGCUGAAGUAAAGACAGUCAAGCUGCCAAUGGUGCAGCGCUUCUAGAGUGACCAGAGAGUGCUGAGCUUGUCAGUGGGUUUCUUUUUUUUCUUUUUUUUUUUUUUAAACCUAAAUCCUCAUCCUAAGAGCCAAAGCAGGGGUGAAGAGGACUCCCAUUUAAACCUUCUGAGUUCAACUAUCCUAAAUAUAUCAGUUGCUUCUAUAAAAAGACAUAUAAGUUAUAAAAAUUCAUUUUAAUCAAAAAUAUUAACUUAUUUUAUGUUACUGAAACUAUGCAUAAAGCGUCUGCAUUACCAUUACAGUAAGUGCCUUGCUCCCUGAGGUAAGCUCCAACGUGGGCACAGUGGAGAUCUGUGCCUCAAACCGUCAACUCCAGUACUUGCUAGACUGCAUCAUUCCAGACUGGUUCGGGACUGGAGCCAAUCGCUGAAAGCCCCUGAAACAAAUUCAGUCAUUCACACGUUCAAACUUGGAAAUCUGUUCAGCCCAGAUGUGGCAAUCUUUUAUUUUCUUUUUUUGUUUGUUUGUUUGUUUGUUUGUUUGUUUUAUUUUUACUGCCUACAGGACUGGAAACUGUUCUUUGUGCUUUCCAGGGUGAUGGUGAGAAUCUGAUAUGUUAGCGAUUCCAAAAUGAAAGGUGCAACAGGACCACGUGACGUGGACCACGUGACGCAUACGUUUAAGAAGAGCCGCUUUCGAACUAGUUUAACAUUGCAAUGAGUGUAUUGUAGUCAGGAAUUGUUUUCCCAAGUACUGUUGGAAAGUAUCCCAAUGCCCUUUACAACUAAUUGGGAUUUUUUUUUCCCUGAAGGUUUAAAAAGAGCCUUAUUAUAUAAAUCUUUGAAUUUCUUUCUUGUGUAAAACUAAAGCUAAAGUUUAGUUUUAAAUUGUAAUCUUAUUUGCAUUAGAGUUCAGGGUUCCUCUCUGAUGGAAGCUGCUUUUCAUAUGGAGUGACUGACAGCUUUUUAUUUGGUUCCUUUCAAAUCCCAAUUCAGAUGGACAAUUGUAUUGCAAUGAGAAUGAGACAACGAAGAAAAAAUAAUCUGUGUGUAGAUAGAUAUACAUAUACAUGCAGAAAAAAAUGAUUUUUUAGAAUUUAAAACGUAUGGGUAGGUAGCAAAAUAUGAACAGUCUCUGAUUUUUGCCAAGUAGGACAUUCAAGUAAAAAUGAAGUGAAGCCUUGCAUUGAAAGAAAGUCUUGUUUCUAAAUGUCACUACCACAGAGUGAGAGUAAUCUCCAUCAAGGAAGAAGAGUGUCUUUUCCAUCAAACAAUAAUAUCCUCCCCAGCUUGGGAAGACUGAAAACCAAAGGAAUGUAGAGAUGCCCCAUAGAAAAGGAAAUCUGGAGAUGCCCGAUAGAACAGAACAAACGUUCAACAGCAAACUAAAAAGAGUAGGCUAUUGGGGGGGGGGCAUUUUUUCUGGGUAUGUAAUGGAUUUUGUAAUUGUUUUAGUCUGGAAAGCAUUUUUGCAAGUGUGAAUGACAUCUGGUUUCACAGCACAGGCUGACUUUUUUUUUUUUUUAUUUUACAAAAUGCUUUUAAUGUCGAAGGUUAAUCUGGUUGCUGAGCAGACAUGACAGCCUACAUGGCCAUCGUAAGACACUUUCUCCUGUAUCAUAGCAUAGUGGGGUGGGGGUUAUCUUGUGUAAUGAAGAUAAUUUGAUAUGAAAAUAUUUUGUAUGUAUAUUUUUACUUUGUCUUAAGUGCCGUUGGCAGUUGCAGUAAGCCCUAGGUGAGAUGUGUAAGUGCUGACUGUAUGAGUGGAUGAAGUAUUGGGUUCUUCUGGUGCAUCCUUGACACUCUGAGAUCCAGGAUGCAAAAUAGGAGUCACUACAAAACAAGCCUGCCCCAUGUGUGCAAGGCCAGGAGAAACAAGAACGAAUACUUCACUCUUUUUCAUACUAUUAUAAGUUAUUCUGGUAUUAAAUAUUUUAAUAAAAGUGUUCUUGUUUUAACAUGUUGCAAUUAGAUAAGUGAACUCUGGGUUGUAUUUCAUUUGAAAUUGUUAUGUUUUAUGUUUUCUAUCCUUUGGGGGGAAAGUCAGCUAAUUUGUUGUGUAUUAUGAACACAAACUAAUGACAAGAUAUUAUCCACAUAAUUUCUUUAAACUACCAAAGCUUGGAGUCUGGCCUAUACACACAUUUAAAAAAAAAAAGGUAAUUAACAUAUCCUGGGCAAUGUCUCCAAAUCCAAUCAUUUUAAUUUAUUAUUUUUCUUGUGUUGCUAUUGUUUUAUCUGGAAAUCAGAGGUCCCUCCCCCACCCCCUACCCCCAUUCCUUAGAGCACCUUGAACAAUGCCAAGCCGGCAGAGAGCUCCACUGACAUGUAAUGUAUAUUGAAGAGAAAGAGACUCACUCUUAUUUUACAGUUGUAUUUUAAUAAGAUUAAAAUCUGUCAAGAGUUUUUGACAGAUUUAAAAUAAAAGCUCAUUUCUAGAC